GUUUAUUAUUUUAGCUUUGUACAUAUAAAUAGCAGAGGCUAUUUUCCCUGUCAAUGGCACUUUCGGCUAUAGCAGCCGCCGUUACCACCACCAGUCGCCGCCCAAUUCUAUCACCAUCAUUAUCAAGCAGCCUCACUACCACCCUUUCUCUACUCUUCAUCAGAAAACACUCUCCUCAUCACUCUCGGAAGCUGAUAACUACAAUGGCGGCUUCUUCAACGCUUACACCGGAGCAAAAAAUCACCGCACCAUACGGUUCAUGGUCCUCUCCCAUCACCUCAGACGUCGUAUCAGGAGCCUCCAAGGGUCUGGGAGGCACAGCCGUCGACUCUCACGGCCGAUUGUUCUGGCUUGAAUCACGUCCUUCGGAAUCAGGACGAUUGGUUAUAGUUAAAGGGGGAAAUGACGAAAAUGAAGAAACCAUUGAUGUAACACCCAAGGAGUUCUCAGUGCGUACAGUUGCUCAAGAAUAUGGUGGAGGUGCUUUCUCAAUUUCAGGAGGCACUGUAGUUUUCUCCAAUUACAAAGAUCAGACACUUUACAAACAGUCACUAGAUUCAAAGGAUUCUGCACCCGUGCCACUUACCCCUGAUUAUGGUGGACCUCUAGUGAGCUAUGCAGAUGGAGUUUAUGACACAUCACUUAAUCGAUACAUCACUGUUAGGGAAGAUCGACGUGGAAGUAGCUUGGAUGCAAUCACAAGCAUUGUAUCAAUAGAACUCGGUGAUAAUGGUGUUAAAGAACCAAAAGUGUUAGUCAGUGGAAAUGAUUUCUAUGCAUUCCCUAGACUUGACCCUGAAGGAAAAAGAUUGGCAUGGAUUGAAUGGAGCCACCCUAACAUGCCAUGGGAUAGAUCUGAACUAUGGGUUGGCUAUAUUUCAGAUACUGGAGAUGUGUACAAACGAGUAUGUGUUGCAGGGGGCGAUUCUGCCAUUAUUGAAUCUCCAACUGAACCAAAAUGGUCUGAUGAAGGAGAAUUAUUCUUUGUGACAGAUAGAAAAACUGGUUUCUGGAAUCUUCACAGAUGGGUUGAAUCUGAUAACACAGUGGCACCAGUGUAUUCACUAGAAGCUGAGUUUGCAAGACCAUUAUGGGUUUUUGGCAUGAACUCUUAUGAAAUUCUCAAGGAACAUAAAAACUUAAUUGCUUGUAGUUACAGGCAAAGAGGAAGAUCAUAUCUUGGAGUUGUGGACAAAACUAAGAACACAUUAUCCAUUCUCCAGAUUCCUUUCACAGAUUUGAUGAAUAUUACCUCAGGUGUACGUUGCCUGUAUGUUGAAGGUGCAUCUGGAGUUCAUCCUUUAUCAAUAGCUAAGAAGUCCCUGGAGAAAAUGCAUAUGCAUACUAUUACCCCCCAACAAAUCCUAAUUAUCAAUCCAGGGGGACCCACAGCUGAGACACGUGGCAUCUUGAAUCUUCAAGUCCAAUUUUGGACUAGUCGUGGUUGGGCUUUUGUGGAUGUGAAUUACGGUGGAAGUACUGGGUAUGGUCGGGAAUUUCGUGAAAGGCUUUUGAAACGAUGGGGUAUAGUGGAUGUCAACGAUUGUUGCAGCUGUGCUCAGUUCUUGGUGGAUAGUGGAAAAGCAGAUGCUGGAAGACUAUGCAUCACUGGAGGCUCUGCUGGUGGUUACACAACUCUAGCUGCACUUGCAUUCAAGAAAACAUUCAAAGCUGGUGCUUCUUUAUAUGGUGUAGCUGAUUUGAAGUUGUUGAAAGAAGAAACUCACAAAUUUGAGUCGCGAUACAUGGAUAAUCUUGUUGGGGGUGAAAAAGAGUUCUUUGAGAGGUCACCUAUCAAUUUUGUGGAUCAAUUUUCUUGCCCUAUAAUUCUGUUUCAGGGAUUAGAAGACAAGGUUGUGCCACCUGAUCAAGCAAGAAAAAUAUAUAAAGCUUUGAAAGCAAAAGGGUUGCCUGUUGCUUUAGUGGAAUAUGAAGGGGAGCAACAUGGUUUUCGUAAGGCUGAAAAUAUCAAAUUUACACUAGAACAACAAAUGGUGUUUUUUGCACGUUUGGUGGGAGGAUUUAAGGUGGCUGAUGAAAUUGUUCCCAUCAAAAUUGAUAACUUUGACUAAAGACUUCAUCACUUCAGUUCUCAAGACUCAUGUCAACCAUGGCGCACAGAAAAUCCUCCAUGUCAUCAACUUUAUUUUAGAGGAUUUUCAGAGUGUUUAAAUGUAAAAUUCUGAGUUAUGGGGCUGAGUGUCCACCUUUUAUUGUGCUUCUGUUUGAUUUCAAUGUCAGAGGUUGCUGUAGCCUGUAAGUUACAAUCAUACAGAUUAUGCAUUGUAUAUAAAUAAGCUGGACUUUUUUUUUUCCUAAAUAUUUCAGUAAAUCUGAUA